UCGAGUUGACAAGAAGAGAUAUGUCAAUAUGUUGGAAUUCCUGCCAGUCGCCAGGUCCUCACUCACACACUCGCACCAGCUCACCGUUAGGCAACGAUCAAAACAAAUCGAUCGUUGUCAUGGGUCUAACUGGCAUUCUUUUGGUUUUGGGGGGCCACUUGAUGGACAGUUCACUAUUAUCCUGCGUAGGAUAAUAGCCCCACCAACUGUCACGUGGGAUUGGAAUUCGGAGCAAUUCGCGAUAAUCACCCGGUCAGUCGUUUUUGGACAGUUCAAAAUUCAACACGUGUUUUCGGUGUACCGCUCAACUAAUUGGAACUUUCUCGAACUCUCGACCCGCUCAACAACGGUUUUUUCUCCGGAAUCGUUCACAUCGGGGCUGUUAAGUACAUUCAACCGCUCAACUAUUAUUGUUAAUUAUUCUACGCGGAACCGCUCAUCAAUAUACUUAUAA